AUGCAGGUUAACAUUAGUGGGUCUCAUGGCAGAAACUGCGAUAUAGGAAAAGGUGUUGGAACAAAAAUAUUUCCGGCGGAUUGUGCUUUUUUGAAAAAAAACAGAAGCCUAGAGAUUGGUGUUUUAAAGACAGAGCCAAAUUAUAUCCUCAAUGCAUCCGGGAUGAUUAUUUAUAAAAAUUAUCGAGGAAAAAACAACAUGUCAUCAACAAAUUGGAGUGAGAAUAUCAACGAUGAUAUAGUACUAUUAGGAGCAACUACCACUGUUCAAUCAAAGCCGAUAAAAGCACAAGUUAGUUUAGAAAUAUUAACACAUGGACGUAUUUCGGUUGAUUGGAGUACGUUGGAAGUGUUUCCUUCCACUCGUCAUUUUCUCAUUCACUACAAAAUGCUUAAUGAAAACAAAAGUAAAGUUAUUCGAAUGCCCAAGAACAUGAGAAAUUUUAUAUUACACAAAAUCGAGCCCGGAUGCAUGUAUGAAAUUCAUGUAUGCGCCGUUGAUCGAAGAGGUUUUAUUCUUUCUACAACAGAGUGUGCUUGUAUCCAAGUGGGAGCAGCUGAUUUGCCAAGACCAUAUGAGACAAAAUUUAUUGUGAACAAUGGUAUACCAGGAAAACAAUAUACAUUUCAAAUCGAGUUUAGUCGUAAAAACGGUGUAUCGUGUUGUUCACCACCUUACGUAGUUAAUUGGCCCGGAACAACCGUUCCUCGUUUGUACUAUAUUUUUAAAAAUAAACAAAAUGUGCUCAUAUAUUGGAAAAAUUCAUUAUCAAUAGGUGAUGGUGAAAUUGAAAAUUAUAAGCUUCAUUGUUACAAUUCCAAACAAAAUUCAAGCGUUGUAUUUGGACCGUAUUCACCAGAAUGUCGAGAAAUACUAAUUAAAGAUUUAGAAGCAAAUCAAUAUAUUGUUGUUCUUGAAAUUAAUCUUAAAAAUUCAGAUCGAUCAUUAUAUUCUAAACCUUUGAAGGUAAAUUGUGCAGAGAUAGGAGAUGCACCAAAUUUAUCUUAUGAGUAUAUCGAUUCUGAAAACAGACAAGAAUUAGAAAAAGCUGUUUGUUGUCUUUUACCAAUUCGAGAUAAACUGUUACGACGAAUUGAUGAAGAAAGCGUAUUCGGUAAUAGUAAUUCCCAACAAUUGUUAAAUGAUUGUGAAACCUUGAUUUACAGAAUAUUAGUAAUGCUUUCACAGUUGACAAAUCGAGUGCAAUUAAACUUAAUCAUUCAAACAGAUGAAAAUACGACUCCUUGCAACCGUCAAUUAAUGAUAAAUGGUAAACUAUGUAGUACAAUUAUACCGUGGUUUGUAAAAGAAGUACCUCUGGAGCUUCCAGUAGGAAAUAUGUCCUAUGAGCUUGCUGUAGCUAAUGUCUCUGAUUCACCACAUUCUCCUAUGGUUACUUCAAAAAAGAUUUUUGUUGAUCAAUCUGAACAAUUUACGUUCUUUUGUAUGCAUUUCGAAGAACAAUAUUAUCAUUCAAAAACUUGUUCGUAUUUUGAAACAUUUCAAAUGGAAAAAACGUGUACUCGUCCUUUACAUGAAGGUUUAUUAAAACAUUAUCAAAUAUUGAACAAAAAAAACGAAGAAAAUGAGAAUACCAAACCCGUACAUGAAAUAUUUUCUCUUGAUGGUGUUCCAACGUGCAUAUUUCUCGAUUAUAACGGUUAG